AUGCAUCCGACGAGCCUCCCGUUGCAGUCAAGCAGCGUGGGCGACCGAGGACGACGCCGACGGUGCCCGUUGCAUCCGACGAGCCUUUCGAUGCAUCCGACGAGCCUCCCGUUGCAGUCAAGCAGCGUGGGCGACCGAGGACGACGCCGACGGUGCCCGUUGCAUCCGACGAGCCUUUCGAUGCAUCCGACGAGUCUCCCGUUGCAGUCAAGCAGCGUGGGCGGCCGAGAAGGACGACGCCGACGAUGCCCGUUGCAUCCGACGAGCCUCCCGUUGCAGUCAAGCAGCGUGGGCGGCCGAGAAGGACGACGCCGACGAUGCCCGUUGCAUCCGACGAGCCUCCCGUUGCAGUCAAGCAGCGUGGGCGACCGAGAAGGACGACGCCGACGGUGCCCGUUGCAUCCGACGAGCCUUUCGAUGCAUCCGACGAGCCUCCCGUUGCAGUCAAGCAGCGUGGGCGACCGAGGACGACGCCGACGAUGCCCGUUGCAUCCGACGAGCCUUUCGAUGCAUCCGACGAGCCUCCCGUUGCAGUCAAGCAGCGUGGGCGGCCGAGAAGGACGACGCCGACGGUGCCCGUUGCAUCCGACGAGUCUCCCGUUGCAGUCAAGCAGCGUGGGCGACCGAGGACGACGCCGACGAUGCCCGUUGCAUCCGACGAGCCUUUCGAUGCAUCCGACGAGCCUCCCGUUGCAGUCAAGCAGCGCGGGCGACCGAGGACGACGCCGACGGUGCCCGUUGCAUCCGACGAGCCUUUCGAUGCAUCCGACGAGUCUCCCGUUGCAGUCAAGCAGCGCGGGCGACCGAGGACGACGCCGACGGUGCCCGUUGCAUCCGACGAGCCUUUCGAUGCAUCCGACGAGCCUCCCGUUGCAGUCAAGCAGCGUGGGCGACCGAGGACGACGCCGACGAUGCCCGUUGCAUCCGACGAGCCUUUCGAUGCAUCCGACGAGCCUCCCGUUGCAGUCAAGCAGCGUGGGCGGCCGAGAAGGACGACGCCGACGGUGCCCGUUGCAUCCGACGAGUCUCCCGUUGCAGUCAAGCAGCGUGGGCGACCGAGGACGACGCCGACGGUGCCCGUUGCAUCCGACGAGCCUUUCGAUGCAUCCGACGAGCCUCCCGUUGCAGUCAAGCAGCGUGGGCGGCCGAGAAGGACGACGCCGACGGUGCCCGUUGCAUCCGACGAGCCUUUCGAUGCAUCCGACGAGCCUCCCGUUGCAGUCAAGCAGCGUGGGCGGCCGAGAAGGACGACGCCGACGGUGCCCGUUGCAUCCGACGAGCCUUUCGAAGCAUCCGACGAGCCUUUCGAUGCAUCCGACGAGCCUCCCGUUGCAGUCAAGCAGCGUGGGCGACCGAGAAAGAAGGUGCUUUCCACGUGAGUUGACUAGUAUGCGCGGUUUCUUUUUGGCUUUUGUUGGCUUUUCUUUGUUGUUGUUUUGUUUAUUUUUUAUGGCAAGAGAGCGCAAUUGCCAUCGCAGCUAUUUCUUUUUUUAUUUCUGUAUGUUUGUCUGUGUCUGUUUGUGUGUGUGUGUUGGUUGUAUGGGUAUCAGUGGGAAUUCGUUGGGAGUCUUUGGUGUCUCCUUUGGUGGUGUAUCUUGUGUUUUUUUUUAUUGCUGCGUUCCUUCUUGUCCUUUUGAGGGACCACAGAAGGAAGGAGGGAAGGGGAGGAGUGUGUGUUUGGGGAAUUCUCAACAAGCGCCCCUUCAUCAACCUUUUGUCAUCCCGCUUUAUUUUUUUCUUCUCUCCUUUUAUAUUCUGGGUUUCAUUUUGUAG